AUCUCAGUCAAGGUGAAGCCUUAAUCAAUGGUGGAUUGGGAUUAGAUCUCCACAACUUGGGCUGUUCAACACUCGGGGUUGGUUAUUACCCCUCUGUACACGAAAUCUUCCUUCUUCUACAUCUUAACGCCAUUAAAAUUCCUAUUCAUACAUUUCUCAUCAUCAACCAGAGGAAACUUGCGAGAGCUGUUCCGCGGCAAGUUUAAAAAUUCAAUUUCAGAUCUAUCCAAUUCGUGUAUUUAUUAUAUAUAUUAAGCUGAGUGUCUGAGUUGUGGAAGAACAGCUAAUGAAUUAAGUUUACCCGAUUGAUUGUCUUUCGGUUGGUUGAUAGAUUGAUUGAUUAAUUGAUUGGUUGAAGGGUGAGAAUGAUGAUGAGGGAAAAGCUUGGGUUGUUGUUAUUAUCAUGGUUUCUUCUCUGCGGGUCAUGUUUGGGUAGGUUUGUGGUGGAGAAGAACAAUUUGAAAGUAACAUCUCCAGACUCCAUCAAGGGAGUUUACGAAUGCGCAAUUGGGAAUUUCGGCGUUCCUCAGUAUGGAGGAACCUUGAUUGGGACAGUUGUUUAUCCCAAAUCCAAUCAGAAGGCCUGCAAGAGCUUUGACGAUGUUGAUAUCUCAUUCAAGUCCAGGCCUGGAGGCUUACCCAUCUUUGUCCUCAUUGAUCGAGGAGAUUGUUACUUCACCUUGAAGGCAUGGAAUGCACAGCAAGCUGGAGCAGCAGCCAUUCUUGUUGCUGAUGAUAAGAAGGAACCUUUAAUUACCAUGGACACCCCUGAGGAAGGGAACACUGAUGCCGAUUAUCUGCAAAAGAUCACAAUCCCCUCGGCUCUUAUCAGCAAAUCGGUGGGAGAUAGUAUCAAGAAUGCUAUUUACAGCGGGGAGAUGGUCAACAUGAAUCUUGAUUGGAGAGAGGCUCUUCCUCAUCCAGAUGAUCGAGUUGAGUACGAAUUAUGGACCAACAGCAACGACGAGUGUGGGCCAAAGUGUGACAGUCAGAUUCAGUUUCUGAAGAACUUCAAAGGAGCAGCUCAGAUUCUUGAGAAGGGAGGUUAUACUCAAUUCAGCCCACACUAUAUAACUUGGUACUGCCCAGAGGCAUUUAUCCUUAGCAAACAAUGCAAGUCUCAGUGUAUCAAUCACGGGAGGUACUGUGCUCCAGAUCCAGAGCAGGAUUUCACUAGAGGGUAUGAUGGGAAGGAUGUAGUUAUCCAAAAUCUACGCCAAGCUUGUGUUUUCAGAGUGGCCAAUGAAACCGGCAAGCCAUGGCUUUGGUGGGACUAUGUAACUGACUUUGCAAUCCGCUGCCCAAUGAAAGAAGAGAAGUACACCAAAGAGUGUGCUGAUCAAGUUAUCCGAACUCUCGGUGUUGAUCUCAAGAAGAUAGACAAUUGUGUUGGAGACACCGAGGCUGAUGUGGAGAAUCCAGUCCUUAAAGCUGAACAAGAUGCACAGAUUGGCAAAGGCUCACGUGGAGAUGUGACUAUACUGCCAACUCUUGUUGUAAACAAUAGACAGUAUAGAGGAAAGUUAGCCAGAGCAGCGGUUCUCAAGGCUAUUUGUUCAGGUUUUCGGGAAACAACGGAGCCAGCAAUUUGUUUAACUGAAGAUAUAGAAACAAACGAAUGUCUGCAAAACAAUGGUGGAUGCUGGCAGGAUAAAUCAGCCAAUAUUUCUGCAUGCAGGGAUACUUUCCGCGGAAGGGUGUGUGAAUGUCCUAUAGUACAAGGAGUGAAGUUUGUUGGUGAUGGUUACACUCAUUGUGAAGCCUCGGGAGCAUUACGUUGUGGAAAUUAACAAUGGAGGAUGUUGGAAGAAAACCCAAAA